GUAAGGGAGAGCAAUAGUGACAAUGCCCUUCUUCAGAAGCCCGUGUCUAGUCCAAAAGGCACACAGGAGGAGUGAGGGCGACAAACGUUUUUUGCCACGAUGGCGAAGGAAAGCGAAAGGACAGGAUUUGGGAGUGAAAAUGACGAGGAGGGAGAAGGAGAAAUAAAGGGUUGGAGGAGGAAGAAAUGGCUGGAACGCUACUCGCCACAUCAUCAGAUCCUGCUGGUGGGGGAAGGAGACUUCUCUUUCUCGUCAAGUUUGGCCACGGCUUUUGGCUCUGCCUCCAACAUGACCGCCACUUCGCUUGAUCAUUAUGAUGCCUUGAUCAGGAAGUAUGAGAAAGCAAAAUCAAAUUUGGGGAAGUUAAAGAAGCUGGGAGCUUCCCUAUUGCAUGGAGUGGAUGCCACCAAACUGAAAUACCAUCCAGAUUUGAGAGUGCGGAAGUUUGAUCGAAUCAUCUUCAACUUCCCUCAUGCAGGGUUCCUUGGAAAGGAAAACAACGUGCAGUUGAUUGAGUAA